AUGAAUGCCCAGGCUGACCCGCAGAGCAAGAAGCGCAAGAUCGCACAGGAGACUGAAACCAGCAAGAAGGCCAAGGUCCAGGAGAACCGGGCCAUCUACGUGACCAACCUCCCUCGCGACACCACUCAGGAAGAGAUUGAGGAGACUUUCAAGAAGUAUGGCAUCAUCGACCAAGGUGCUGACGGCAACAAGCGCAUCAAGAUGUACUCUGACGACGAGGGCAACUUCAAUGGCGAGGCUCUGAUCGUCUACUUCAAGAAGGACUCGAUUGAUCUGGCGAUCAAGAUGAUGGAUGAGUACUACUUCCGCAUCGAGGACCAGUCACAGGGUACCAUCCGCGUCAAGGAGGCCGACUUCUCGUACAAGCGCAACAAGGAUGGUGACCAGAUCGCGUCGAAGCUCACGCGCAAGGACAAGAAGGCUUCGGAUCGCAACCGUGCAGACCUCAACCGCAAGCUUGCAGAGUGGUCCGACAACGAGGAAGAAGUUGCCGAGACCUUUGCCCCAAAGAAGAACAAGUGGGCCAAAGUCGUCAUCCUCAAGUACGCCUUCACCAUCGCGGAGCUCGACGAAGACGACGCCGCAUACCUCGAGAUCAAGGAGGAGAUCCGCGACGAAGCCGCGAAGCAUGGUUCCGUGACCAACGUGAACCUGUUCGACAAGGAGGAGGCGGGCAUCGUCACGGUCCGCUUCCGCGAGUUCGAGGCGGCCGAGAAGUUCCGCGAUGCCAGCCAUGGCCGGCUCUUUGCGUCGCGGAACCUCGAGGCGACGCUUGCCGAGGACAAGCCGAGGUUCAAGAAGAGUGCUCGCGGCGAGGAGCCGGAUAGUGAGGAGGAGGAGAGGCUGGAGAAGCUUGCCAAGGCGUAG